CUUGCCACAGAUCCCGAAACUGAGGCAGCAUCAACAGUGAGACGUGCCCGCCGCCUGGACAGCACAGACAGCCUGGGGGGGAUGUCACCCUCCGAAGCCAUGGUGCUCCAAUGCAAGAACAUUCCAGCCAGUCUUAACAGCAAGGACAUCCUGGGGGAACAUUUCCGCCAGUUCGGACGUGUGCAGCGGAUCUUCUGCAGGCCCCAGAAGAACCUGGCCAUAGUGCACUUCCACGACCAUGCUUCUGCUGCCAAAGCCAAGAAGAAGGGCAAACUGCUGCGCAGGCAUGAGCUCACCAUCUUCUGGCAGAGGAAGAAGCAGAGUCCAGGAGAGAAGGGCCAAAGGCCUCCAGAUGACCCUGAUCCUCAGAGCCAGGCAGGAGGCUUUGAGUCAGCCCCUGUCUGCAAAGCCCUCUCCAAAUCCACCUCCGGCUGGUCCUCCAGCUCAUCCCUAUCCAGAGGGUCACCAGCCAAGAAACCCCUGGCGACAAAGGCCCUGCAGUUUGAGAGUGAGCCGCAGAUGGAGCCCAGCCCAGACGGCCUCGAAUCCGAACAUCUAGCCAGCAGCCUCCCCUCUCCCCUCUUCCACCUGAUUGGCCAGGUAGCUGAAACCGCAGAGGAGAAGUAUCGUCUGCUAGAGCAGCGGGACAAGAUCCUGCGACAGGCUCGGCCCAAGAGGACCGACCUGGAUCUGUCCAAGGUGUUUGUGGGUACGUGUCCUGACAUGUGUCCGGAGAAGGAGCGUUACAUGAGGGAGACCCGGAACCAACUGAGCUCUUUUGAGGUCAUCCCCAACACGGAGAAGGUGGACCACACUGCUGCCAUUAAGGAGUACAGCAGGUCCUCUGCUGACCAGGAGGAGCCCCUCCCCCAUGAACUGCGGCCCCUUACUGUGCUGAACAUGACCAUGAACUACCUGGUUACCCAGGUCAUGGACCAGGGUGAGGACAACUACCGUGACUGGUAUGACUUUGUGUGGAACCGCACACGAGGUAUCCGGAAGGAUAUCACUCAGCAGCACCUGUGCGACCCGCUUACGGUGUCCCUUAUUGAAAAGUGCGCCCGCUUCCACAUCCACUGCGCACACCACCUGUGCCAGGAGCCCAUGAUGUCCUUUGAUGCUAAGAUCAACAAUGAAAACCUGACCAAAUGCCUGCAGAGCCUCAAGGAGAUGUACCAGGACCUGGCCAGCAAGAACAUCUACUGCCCUCAUGAGGCAGAGUUUCGGCAGUACAGCGUGCUCCUGAAGCUCAAUGAUGGAGACAUCCUCCGGGAGGUGCAGCAAUUCCGGGCGGAGCUCCGAAACUCUCUGGAGGUGAAGUUUGCCGUCCAGGCCUUUGCCGCUGUCAACAGCAACAACUUCGUGAGGUUCUUCAAGCUGGUCAAGGUGGCCUCAUAUCUGGCUGGUUGCAUCUUGCACCGCUACUUCGACCAGGUGCGCCGUGAGGCUCUGCGGGCCCUGAAUGUGGCCUACAGCUCCCGUGGUUCCACCACAUUCCCGGUCGAAGACCUGGUCCGGAUGCUCAUGUUCCAGAAUGCCGGCGAGGCUUCGGACCUCGCGCUGCAGUAUGGGCUCGCGGUCGAUGCAGGCAUGGUGGAGCUAAGCCGGACAGCGUACCAGGAGCCUGAGAUCCAGCCACGUCCAAAGCGCUCUGUGGCCAUCGCAAGGAAGCGGGAGGUGCUGGUGGGCCAAGUGGUCAACGGCGCGCCACUGCCCAACCCACCCCAACACACACCCGUCAACAGCUUUGACAGCCGCAACAAGUACCGUGGGGAUGGGCAGCCAGCGGAGGCAGGCAGUGUGCCCAGGGCUGCAGCCUCCCCUCAGAGGCCCCCCAUUGAGCUGGAUGCGCGGGCCCUCCAGCACCGAUCCAAGAUGCCGAGCGACCCAGCGGAGUCAGCUGGCCUCCCUGGUAGAGAGGAGAGUGGAGCACUUGGGGCAUCUCCGUCGGAGGCACCACCAGUCGCCCCACCUACGCCUCCCCCACCGGAGCCCGUUUACACAGAGCAGGACAUCGCCACGGAGGUAGAGGCCAUGCUGGAGGAGGUAGUGCAGGCCGAGGUGGCUGACGUGGCUGCCACCGAAGCCGAGUACAUCUCUGCUGCACUCAGCAUGUGCAACGGCCAGGUGGAGGCAGUGCUGAGUGAGGUGGUGGAGCAGAUGCUGCGGGAGGUUUCUGCUGCCGAGAUCCAGGCAGAGAGGGAGCAUAUCGCUGAGGAGAAGCGCAGGAUGGAGGAAGCCAGGAGAAAGCAGGAACACGAGGAGCUCCUGGCCCGGCUCAGCAAGACACUGUGUGCCGAGAUCACACAGGAGGUGCUGCGCGACUGCAUCGUGGAGACUGCCUCAACAGAGAUCAGGCGUGCCCAAGAAGAGCAGGCAGAAUGUGUGGCUCGCAGCUCACAAGACGUGUGUGAGGUACUGCUGGAGGAGACGCUGUGUGGUGAGCUCACCCUGCUGGCCCAAGACGUCCUGGAAGCAGAGCUUCUGAGUAUACGCAGGUUCAUCAAAAGGUGGCGUGAUGUGGUGGCCGUGCGCAGGCAGCUGAAGCGACAGAUGCGUGAUUUUCCUGCUGCCCCUGGCUGUGUGGACCCCCGCUUCAGGCUGCAGGCCUUGGCCCCCAGUGCCCCCCCCUCACCCUGCCUGGACAGGCUGGCCCGGGGCGUGGUCAACCUGGGGCACGCUGGGGACCUCUCUGUUUCCUGCACCAGAAGGCAGCAAAGGGAAACCGAGCAUCAGAUGAAGGUCCACUUGUUCUACCAGCAGCUCCUGAGCGAAUCUGUGUGGGGGCCACUGGACCUGCUCAGUCUGGUGGCAGCAAGCGUCUCGAACCCAUCUGACACAAUCUUCUGGAAGGCAGCCCUCUUGUUGCCAAGUGAUCAUGAAAGAGAUGCCAGUGUUGCUAACCAGAUUUUGACAGAAUGGCUGGAGUCCAAAUUCGGUAACUCGGAGAAGCAAGAACACAGGGAGAUGGUCCCCAACGGACACAUGCAAACCUUGAGCAUCAGCAGCGGCCUGCGGAGCGUGGGGGAGCGCAUGCACACAGUGCACGUGUGUGUGAAGGUGGCCCGCGGGCCCCUCAGCGAGGAAGGCCAGUUGGCAUUGGAGAAGCGGAAGGGGCUGAUGGGCAUGGGCGCCCUGCUGAUGCUGCUGCCCUCGGCAGUCAGUCCCGGGGCUGAUGAGGAAGACGGGGACAUCUUCCUGUUAUCCGCCCUGCUGCAGCUCCGGCAGAUCCAGCAGGCUAAUGCCUGGCCACAGGCCCUUCCUCUGGUGGUGGUGGUCCCAGGGCAGGCUGGGCACAGGGCCAGCGAUGAACGGCUAGAGGAAGACCUGAUGCUUCAGACACUCAUUGAGGAAGGUUUGAUUUCAGAGUACAUGUUCGUCCAUAUCCCCGAGACCACGAACGAACCCCAAGGAUCCGAGCAGAUCCGCCAUGCCGUCAGGUGGCUCGCUGCCCGCUCCACGGCACCAGCCCGGCUCGUCUCGCAGACGUUGGUGCAGGUUGUGGAGGCCGGGCUCUGCCGCGAGUUUGCUGGUAGGCUUCACCGUGAUCGGAGGGACCGUGACAUGGCGGGACUGCCCUCCCAGGGCCCUGCACCCGUCAUCGGCCUCUACAACACUGUCCUGGCUUUCUUGGCUGGCCUUGUGUCGUCCCCGAGUCUGGCUGGCCUCUCCUGGCCCGUGGCAGAGUUCUCGGUGCCAGGGGGUGGUGACUGCCUACCACAUCUGCUCUGGAACUCGGCUGAGCACCUGGAGUGGCUCCAGGGGGCAGUCCUGAGCCUGCGGCUGCCC